AUGGCCGCCUCGCUCGCUUCGACGGAUGCCAAGCGUGCCAACCACGGCAUUGGCAUCGUGACGCACAGCGGCACGCACCACGCCGACGAAGCGCUUGCCGUCCACCUGCUACGCAAGCUGCCCCGCUUCGCGUCGGAGCCCCUGACGCGCACGCGGGAUGCCGCGCUCAUCGACCGGGCCACCAUCGUCGUCGACGUCGGCGCCACGUACGAGCCCGAAAAGUGGCGCUUCGACCACCACCAGCGCGGCUUCGACGAGGUGUUUGACGGCGCGCACGGCACCAAGCUCAGCAGCGCGGGACUUGUCUGGAAGCACUUUGGAAAGGAGAUUCUCGCCGCGCACCUCACGCUGGCCCAGACGGACGCGACGGUGGACCUGCUGCAUGUCAAGCUGUACGACGACUUUGUCGAGGCCAUCGACGGCAUCGACAAUGGCAUCCCGCUCUACGCCGACCUGCCUGCCGAGGUGCGGCCCGCGUAUCGGUCCAAGACGGACCUGUCGUCGCGCAUCGCCCACCUGAACCCGAGCUGGAACGAGACGCUGCCCGCGGACCCAGAGGCGCGGCAGCGCGACCAGGACGAGCGGUUUGAGCGCGCGAGCACCCUCGCCGGCACCGAGUUCUUUGACCGUGUCGACUACGCCUACCGUUCCUGGCUCCCCGCCCGGCGGCUCGUCGAGGCGGCCAUGGACGCGUCCAAGGCGACGCCCCGGCUCGUCGUCUUUGACUCGUACGUCGGCUGGAAGGACCACCUCUUUACGCUCGAGGCCGAGCGCAACCUCGACGACGCCAGCAACACCCUCUACGUCGUUUACCCGGACGAGGCAGGAAAGUGGCGUGUGCAGGCCGUGCCCAAGACACCCGAGAGCUUCGCCAGCCGAAAGGCACUCCCAGAGCCGUGGAGGGGCGUCCGCGACGACGAGCUGAGCAGCAAAACAGGCAUCCCCGGCUGCAUCUUUGUCCACCAGAGCGGCUUCAUUGGAGGCAACGCCACAAAGGAAGGGGCACUCAAGAUGGCACACGACGCCCUCGCCUUCACCGCAUAG